CUCUGUCUGAGGGCGCUAUAAAUGAUCAACAAGAAAUAAUCGAUAGGGAAAAAAUGGAAUGUUCAUACAAAUCAGUUCUUUAAAGUGAUUUUGAUAUUCAUUGACUUGUCACACAGGAAUUAGAAUGUCUGAUUUUAGUGAUUUGAUCAACAGUUGUAAAAACAUGUUGGUUUUUACCCGCAUCAAGAACAGCAUACCACCUGGCAGGGGGCGUCGUGUGUGCCUUGCAUCUUUCUUUAUCAUCCUAAUUCUGAUGUACUGUGUUCCCUAUGUUUAUGAGUACAGUUUACAGUGGAAUUCCAGUGCCAAAACCUGCCUAACAUCAAGGAUAUCAGCAAUUUUAAGCGGUAGUCACGGGCAUGAUGCCUCAGUUCUCGAUGCUCCCAGGUCGUCUGAACAAAAACUUUUACCAUUUAUCGGGAAUGGGAAUGUAGGAGUGGCAAUAAAUUACUACAAACCUGCUGGAAUUGUGCUCCGGCAUGAUCCGCCUUGGGCAUUUGAGAUACCCUAUUAUCCGAUUUUUAAUGCCGAAGUCGAGGGAUUGUCAGCCCAUAGUGCUACCAUACUGCACUCAAAGAGUGGCCUUGUUCAUCACUUACAGUGUUAUUCUAUUGGAAAAGACUGCGUGUUUGUACGCCACACCUCAUUUGCUCAUCGAACUCGCAAGUCUGUAAUAAUGCAGAAGAUAACUAUUGAAAAUCAAACCCCAAAUCCUGUCACACUCACAUUAAAGAGCUGGGGUUUGAAUCGCUGGAAGGGUGCAAAAUCUGUAACCGAGUCAAUUGAUUUGAAAGGUGGGACUCUUAGUUUUGAACUUAUAUCAGGAAAGUUUGCCACACACACGGUGCGAGAUUUUACCACUGACCACUUUGUCCAUAUAGCUAUAGGAAUUUCACUGUCUGCAACAAAUAUUGAUGUGCAACCACAUGGAUCACAUACUGUAGAGGUCUUUACUGUUGUCCAGUACACAGAACCUGUCCUGGAGGAAGAAGUCACUAGCACCGAGUUGUCUGAUUUGGUAAAUAAAGUACGCAUGGACAUGUUAGCUUUGAAGGGAAUGUCCUUCAGUGAAUCUGCUAGUGAGCAUACAGAAGCUUGGAAAGAUAUUUGGAAAGGCGAGUUUGUGCAAGAGGAAAAUCUGGAGGAGGUAAAUGGUGAAGGGACACAUCCACAGGAAUUAAUCAAUAUGAUCAUGUAUUACAUUCUCUCAUCAGUAGAGGCUCCACUCUAUCAUGUUGAUACAUCAGAUAUGGAUAGAGCACUGCUUCUGCAAGCUCUUGAUAAUCCCGGUAGCUGUUACAAUGGUCAGCCCACACUUUUUAUGGAGCUUCUUUGGGAAUCUGUUAAUCAGAAGAACCAAUUGUCCGAUCUUGUUUCACACUGGCUUCACACACUAUACAAAAGCGGAUGCCAAAAUCUGUUGACAGUUGGCGCAGAUGGUGUGAUGCAAGCCAUGCUUCUGAGUUUCUUGGGAGGGCAGUUCACCAAAGAAGACCUGUCCUUUCAUGCUGAUCCUCACCAUAUCAAAGGAUCACUCACACUUAAAAAUCUGAAAUAUGGUAGUAGUGAUGUUGAUAUUAAAAUAAACAAGGCAACGGAGACCAUUCAAGUCCAAGCGAAUAGUUUUCAGAAAGGAAAUCCAAACUAUCAGCUGUUUGCUUGCGAAACUGGAUGUAAAAAUGACCCUGUUCUUGUCAGUCAUAAAAUAGAAGUACUGGCAUUGAAGUGGACUGAACCAAUGACUCCAUUUCUGUACAUAUCACAUGAAGCAGAUCAUCUGGUGUUCCUUCGGAAAAAAGUAAUCCAUUAUCGUUACUUGCAUACAAUGGAUGAGUUACCAUUAAUUGUUAGCCAUAAAGGAAUCCAUGUUCCAGUGAUAUUAUGGGUGUUCAUUGGAAUUCUCAUAUCUAUAUUCCAUCUGUUUCUAAUUCGACUUAUUUACAAUGAAUACUGCUCGGGGGGUUUUCAGGAUCGCUUUAGGAAGAAGAAAACAUCUUCGUCAAUUUGAAUGGUUUCAUUUUUGUGUAAAAUUGCUACAGUGAAAGGUUUUGCAUAAUAAAAAUGUUGUAUUUUCUUGAAUUUGUUUUUUGAUUGUUAGAUAAAAUAUAUGUAGUUUCAGGAUCAGGACCUAUUGUACUGCAUUUCAAUAUGAAAAACAAUCUCAAGAACAUAUGAUAAUUUAUUGAUUUUUAUGCAACAGUACUGUAAAAACUACUUUAAAAAAAAAUUAGAAAUGUAUAUUUGAUUUUGGUCCAUAUUUUUAACGUCCACUAACACUGUAGGCUUAAUUGCACAUCCAUCCCUCUACUUAAUAGAAUGAUUCCAAAAAAAACUUUAUGAAUUUUGCUUUUACAAGAAAUAGAUUAGGAUCAAAAUACACGCUUUCCAAGGCAAACCAUACAUGAAGGUUGCUAUAAAGUACAUUAUUCAUAAAAAGAUAUUGAUAUUGAUAUAUUACUAACAAAUUAUUCCUUUACAAAUUAAUAACUAAACUUAGCCAGCAUUACUGAGCAUUUAUUUGAUGCUAUCUAACUUUUGUUUUCUGAGAAAGUUUAUGAAUUUUGCCAUUCGAAAAAAAUGUGUUGGUAUUAUUCUGCAAUAUAAAUCUGAUUUUCAUACAUGUGUGCAAUAUAAUAGUAAUUAUAUUAACAGUCUUAUGUGCUUACUGUGAUGUAAGCCUAAUCAUAAUAAUAUUUAGCUACUGAAAAUAGAUCAGCUAUUGGCAUCCAUUGCCUAGACAAUGUAGUUGGAAUACUUCUCAUGAUGAUUUUUCACUUUUUUAUUGAUAUACAGUAUUGUAAUAUUGGGUCUAGGCUGGUUGCAGUGGCUUAAGUCCCCCCAAUCAGUCUGGUCAAGCCCUCCCCCCCUCAAUCGGCCAAAGCUCGUCGGGUAGUCGGACUGAAAAAAAAAAAAA